CAAAAAUGGAUGCAAUGAUAAACCCAGUUGUUGUUUAAUACAAUGACAAGUUUUUCUUGGGUAUUUUUUUUUUUCUUGUAAUUUUUAAUUUAAACAAAGAGUGUUAAGGAUAGAUAUAAAGAAAGAGAUUCAUUGUAGUGUUCGUCUUCGUUUGUAAAAGUUUUGUAUCGUUUAGCCUUGACGGGCGCCAGCCGGUCGCGUGUAAACUCUCACGCGCACGUGCACGCACUAAUACCCUUCGAACGUAACUGAACAUCCAGUUCAGGGAUCAGAUUACUUCUCUCUCUCUCUCUCUCUCUCUCUCUUUAUUUAGGUUUUUUGUUCCUAAAUUUGUUAACAUUUGUUAAGAUUUUGAGUGAUAAAAAGAACAACACCCAAAUAGUAUUGGAUGUAUGAGUAAAAAAAUCAAAUGUUUUGAGAAAUGUUAUGUGAGACUUUUUAAUAGAAGAGGAGUACGUAAACACCAUGUCGAAUACCGACGUGGUACGAAUUUCUCCUCAGCAACAACAACAACAACAACAACAACAGCAACAACAGGGAUCAUCACUUGAUGAGGAACAAGGAAGACUGAAAAACGAUUUGCAAUAUACUCGAAAAAAGGGAGGACUUUUGAAGGCACCAGUCGAAUCGUCGCCCUACCAAGGACGUGAAUGUGAGAGAUGUUUAGCACCGUUCGGUAGAUUUUACAACACAGGGGCUACGUGUACUCGUUGCAGGUAUAGGGUUUGCAAACGGUGCCGUAUCGAGGUCAAAAGUACCAACAAACAAAACGACCAUUCUAAAGACGUCGAAUGGGUUUGCACCCUUUGCUAUGAUAUCGCAGAAUUGCACAUUAUCACUGGAGGCAAAUGGGUGAACGAGGAUAAUUUAUCUUGUCGAAGAAAAAUAUUCAUCGAUGAUAUCAAAUCAUCACCAUUCGAUAUAUUGAAACAAUAUAAUAUUCGACGUGCCUGGACGAUCAACGGACCACCUACACAUUGGUCAGCUGCAAGGAAGUCACCUGAAUUACGAUUAUAUCGAAGUUUACCAAUUAAACGACAGAAAUAUCGUGAAUCUGUCGAAAAAAGGUGUACCGUAAGAAAGGAUAAUUCAUCUUUGUCAAGAUCGGAGGAAGAAAAUCGAACGAGUUUACCUCAAACUAUCAUUGAUAUUAUAAACGACGAAUCAUCUUUCUUCGAGAAAAUUAUCUCACGAUCUGUUGAUAUUGCAUCUAACGAUCGAACGAAAAAAAACGAUAAAAUACGUGGAGAGGUCAGAUUGAACGAGGACAUUUCUUCUGUUGCUGCAUCAAGUGACAAAAAUUCUUUCAAAAAAAACGACAAAAAUCUGACGAAUAAUAAUAAAACGAAAGAGGGGGUACAGGAAGAAACGAUAGGUGGGAAUACUAAUCAAGAACAAUCAGUUGGUACACCUAGAAUUUCUUUACUCAAACCACCAAGAAUUCUUUCCAAAUUAAUCUCGCCGGAUGUUAAAUCGUCACAGAGCAAAUAUGGCGAAAGAAAAUCGAAUAUUCCAAUAUUUAAAAGGAGUUCCAAGGAAUUCGAGGAUAUCAGGAGUCCUCAGGAAUCACCGAGACGAUCUCUUAUACCACAAAGAUAUAGAGGAAGCACCGAUGACCUUAGACGCAGUCGAGAGGACAUAAGCGUGCCAAGUUUGAUACCGAAACUCCUGUCACCUAGAAAUAAAGAAGAUAUUAAUAGAUUGAUAAAACGUCAGGAUAGCAAGGACGACGUUAGGAUUAACGUACAGAACAACAACAAUAACAAACGUAUCGAAGCAUCAUCGAUGCUUUUGCGAAAAGAUUUGAAAGACGAUACGAAAGGUGGUGGUGGUGGUGGUGGUGGUGGUGGUGGUGGUAGUGGUGGUGUUGGUACUUCGAACCUAAACGUAAAUAAUAAUAAUCAUCAUCAUAGUAAUUCAAAAGAGGAAAGUAAAAUACGAAUAUUCCGACGAGAUAAUAGCAAAGAGGACGACGUGGGUAGGGAGAGUACAAAUUCAAAUGCGAGCGUUGCUACAAAAGGAAAGCAAACUGGAAAGGAGGAGGAGGAGGAAGAGGAGGAGGAAGAGGUGGAGGAACGUGUGGGCGAUAUUACAAUGUCCAAAUCGAAAUUAUUUACCUUUGCAUGUGAACAAAGCAAGAAGAAAAGGGAAAGUUUCGAGGACGACGUAGGAACACAGUUGCAAACUAAACGACAAGUUGUUUUAAUUGAACAGAAACGUUUAGAACAAGUUGACACGAUGUUAGGUGGUGGUGGUGGUGUUGUUGAUAAAAGUGAAAAAGAUGAGGAUGAACAAAUUAAAAGGACAAUGGAUAAUGAAUUUAGAGAUGUUUCAAUAGAGGAUGAUAAAAUUAUCGAAGAUAUUCCUUCCAAUGAUUUUGAUAUCAGUGAGGUGUGUGGUACGAAUGAUCGAAGAUCCUUAACUGAUAUUGGUCAUGCCAAGAAAUUGGACGAAUUUCAAGUGGUACGUAGAAAAUUUUCUAAAGAAGAAUUUUCUAAUCCAGACGAUACGGAUGAAACACCAAACAAACGUUGCUCCAGCCAUUUAUCACCAGAAGCAAGUCCUUUGAGUACAAGAUCCUCGAGAUAUAGUCCUAGAGAGAGUGAAAGUGAACCGACACCUGCACUUCCACGAAAAAUAGGUGGAGAUUCUUGUUCAGCUUCUCAAAGAAUACGAGAUGCGAUAAGUAGAAGCAGAAGAGAAUCAAAUAGUAGUGCAAGAUAUGAGAGUAGUGGCAGCGAGAGUGUAAGACUGAGCGAGACGGGAUUGCAUGAUGGGGUUGAUCUGGCAAGAAAGUUGAAAUUUUUUGGCGGUAAUGGUAAUAGUACGAUACCAUUGAUCAUCGGUAACGACCAAGUGAUACAACGAGAUAGUGCAACGAGUGCAGGGGAAGAUGAAUCACACGAGGGUGGUCACAGCAAUAGAAUUGGUCAAGUAUCAUCUCAGGGAAGAUCUAUGCUACGCCGACGUAGACAAUUUGAUGCUCAGGGUUCGAGAAGAAGAGGCCGAUCGCACGCUAGAACUUGUUGCGGUGAUGAUCUUCAGAGUCUACAGACACUUCACGUGAUUGGACGUGCCGAAAGACAGGAAAGUCCAAUUGGAAGCAACACCAACAACAAUAAUAACAGCACCAGCAACAACAACAACAAUAAUAAUAAUAAUCACGGGCAGGAUCAACCGAUAGUUGACUAUAGAAGACUGGUAUUCAUCAGUUCGGAUUCAUCGUCAGGUCGUGAGGAAGACGAUGCAGACAGCAGUUGUUCCAGUUCCUCUUACUUAAACGGUUUACCACGCGGUAGUAGUGGUAGUCACGCUCAAUCCCACGAGGAGGAUUGUGAUUGGGAUUAUUUCGAGAGUGGUUCGAUACCAGUCGUCAUUGGUGGUGGUACCACCAACGUUGCAACGGAAACUAAUAUCUCGCAGGAUUGGAGUUGUUGUCCUGGACGUGGAUCAUCCGCUUGUCGGGCUUGCGGGGGUUCUGGAAACGCUAACGUACUUCCGGUACCAGUGCCUAUACCAGUCCCAGUACCAUAUCCGGUACCAAUACCGGCAGCUCUCUGGACCGGUGAUUUCGCAGCUGCAGCAUCCUCGAUGAUAAGUCGUGCCGGAGAUUCGGAACCUGGAACUUUGAGAUUGAAAGGUGAUCCACGUGCACCUUGGUUCGCUUGGCAUCCAAGAUUUAAUCAACCGUUGCAUCGUGGUAGACUUGAUCCAAGAUUGACAGAUAUCUUCGAUCCAAACAGUUGUACAUUUAGACCGGAACAAGUGAUCGGUCCACGUUUAUACGAGUCACCUAUCGAAACGUCAAUUUCAUCGGCUACCGAAUCUCUGAGUAAUCAUCAUCAUCAUCAUCAUCAUCAUCAUCAUCAUUUGGGAAAUACUGGUGGUGAAACGGUGAACAAUAAUUUAGGAAAGUCUAAUACAAACGUGGAGGAUAAUUUAAUGAACGAAACUUUGUCAACGAAAGAACACGAAUCGACCAAUAAAGUAACUGAACAGAAAGAUGAUUCUAACGUUAUCAAUGUUGACAAACUCGUACAAACGGAAAAUAGAAUGGAAGAAGAAGAAGAAGAAGAAGAAGAAGAAGAAGAAGAAGAAGAAGAAGAAGCUGUGUGCGAGGAUUCCUUAUCUUCUUCAUUCGAAAGUAGAGAUCAAAUAAUAUAUCAAAGAUCUCACGAGGAUUCUGGUAGUUCAUCUGGACGUUCUUCGGCUGAUAGUAGCGAUCUCGAAGAAGAUUCUUCAUCCCACAGAUUUUCCCGAGUUUUCGUAGUAAACGAUGAUUCUCUUACAAGUGAUAACGAUAUUGAGGACAACGGCGAAGAAGAUGAUUCCGAUUCGGCUAACGAAGGUGGUGUAACAUUGAAACGUGUCACUGCUUUACCAGAAGAAGAAUCUGUGAUAUUGCAACAUGUUCGUUUGUUAAACGAGGAUGGCAACUUUGAGGAUAUCAAUGGAAAUCAAACUAAUAGAAAUAGAUCUGAGGAUGAAUCAGAAUCAAGAAAAGCUAAUAAUCCAAAUGAUAGUUCAAACUUGAUGAAGAUAAAAACUCGUGAUGGACAUAAUCCGGUAGAAGUUGAAAAUGAUGACAGAGUACCAUUGUUGUUAGAUCAUCGAUUGAUUCCAGAAGAAAUAUAUCUCGCUGACGAGAGCGAAUCAUUAGGUAAUAAAAUAGAAUUGAAAUCGGUUAGAAUCCUGGAUCCUGAUAGUAUCGAUGCAACUUCGAACAUAAGUGUAAACGAAGUUCAAUCGAUAGAAGAUACAAGCAACGAAAAUGUUAAUGAUAACGAUGAGGAAAGUGAUUUGUCCAGUUGCAGUGGAAAUUGGGAUUCAACUAUAAUACCAGACUCAUUAGAAAUAUCCAAAGAAAUGUCUAAGCACGAUGACAAUUCGUCCGAUGAAAUUUUAAGGGAUUCCAAUAAAGAUGAUCACGUGGAUGACGAUGAGAAUGAAAAUGAAGUACGUACAAACUCGUCUAACGAUAAGAACGAUUGCGAAACUUCAUCGGAUAAGCUUAACGUGUUAUCAGACGUUUCAUUAAACGACGAUACGUCAGAUCAUAAGAAAGAUAUUAAUAACGAAUCAAGCCAGAACGUUAUCGGCAAUAUGUUUUUCUCUUCGAUGGAAAGUUCAACUGGUAACGAAACAACAACGACAGGAAGUGAAGUUAGCAGUGACGAGCUUCACGAAUAUGAGGUCACACCGUUGUACGAUGGCAACGCAACAACCAGGAUUACUACUACAACUACAACGAUAUCCGCCGUGAGCGAAAAAUUAAUGCUAUUGAAUCGAGAAGAAAUGGAAAAGACGUUGGAAAGUAUAAAAGAAUUGGAGGUUAGCGAGAUCAGCAAAGAGGAAGAAUCUUUGUACGAUAAGUUCUCGUUACAUAAUUCCAGUACGGAGAGUCUUGCAACUAAAACAGAAAGGAAGAAGGAAGAGGAGACUGGUAACAAAGUGUUAGAAGUGUUGAUGGUGAAUAAAAACGUGGGUGAUGGUGGUGGUGGUGGUAGUGGAGAAAAGGAUGUUGUUGGAAGGAAAUGGGCAGGUCGGGAGGUAGGCGAGGUUAUAUCUAACAAAAUUCAAGAGAUCUUCAUGAGCGGUGAACGUGUCGAACGAAUAACUGAGACUGCGCACGAGGAGUACGAGCAAGAGCAAGAGCAGCACGAUUCGUACACAACGGUGAGAGGCGAGAGUCCUGCUGCUUCAAGCGAGGUAGUAGGAAAUAACAACGAAGGUGGUAGUUGUGACGGUGACGGUGGAGGUGGAGGUGGAGGUGAAGGUGGUGGUAGUAGUGAUGGUGACUCGACGGUGGGGGUAUCGACACGGUUUCGCUCAGUCGAGCGACGCCCGUCCACUCGAAAGGAGAAUGGAUUCCCUCCUGCCGCGUCGACGAAGGAUUCCACAAGAGACAACAACGACGACGACCACGACGACCACGACGACCACGACGACCACGACGAAGACAACGAAGACGACGACGACGACGACGAAACAUCAUUUAGUUACUUUCCCUCAUCUACGAUUCCUUCGAACAAUACAACCGGUACUACUGCUAACAACAACAACGCUAGAUAUAAGAGCCUCGUGAUGAUUACCCAAGAAGCUGCUUCGUAUCAACCGGUGAGCGUGAUUACGUCGGACACUACGACCUUGUUGCAACCGGAUGAAGUCCAUUCGGCUGGUCAGGGUCUAGCCGGGUAUUUCCAGCUGGCGCUAGAAGCGGUAACAGAACAGCCACACCGUAAGACUGGCCAACCACCUAGAAGACCUCUCAUGGUGAAAAGAUUGCCGAGCAAUGUGACGAGCAGCAAUCAUUCCGAAGCAGAAGCUGACAGUGGUUUAAGCGUGGGUAGUGCUAGUGAGAGUGAUGACGUUUCAGUUAAGAACGCUAAUAAAAUAAAUAAUCGUUUGGAAGGUGGUAACAGUAAUGAGGAUUCUCAAUCGAAAGAUCGUCAGAGUUGCAACAACAAUGAUCAUCAACGCGAAGGAUUACGAGCACGUGUGUCUUCCCAAUCGAGUGACGAUAAUUCGGCUAGUGGUGGGGUUGUUAUACUCGAAGAAGGACUCGCUGAUGAUGAUUCCUGGGUCGAAGAAGUAUCCCACGACGAGGAUGAACCCGAAGCUACUACUGCAACCGAGGAAAGUUCCGAGGACGAAGCUAAUAAUCUUGGAGAUCGAGAGGAAGAACUUCGAGGAUAUCACAGGCAAGCUAUCGAUUUUACUCUUCAUACGAUUGUUGAGGAAUCGUGCGAGGAAAGCGAAGCAGAACCCAGCAGUUUGGCUACAGGUAGUAGUCCGUCGAAAAAACAACGGCCACCGUCCGCCUCGGAAUUAGAAAAAUAUUUUUUCUUCGGACUCGGUGGUGAUGGAAAUAAUUCCAGUAUGGGAUCUCGCGAGGUUGAUAGUCUUUCCGAAACUUCAUCCAUUUAUUCGGAAGGUUUGGAAUCUCUUGGACAAGACGAACCUACUAGUACAGCUUCGAACGCUAGUACAACAACCACCGGCUGUCAAAGUCAAGAACGACUAAAUUCCAAUAACGAAGGAUUUCUCAACUCUUCCAGAUUGGAAAAGUACUUUCUAUCGGAGUUUCUUGGAUUUGACCAAGACAGACGUGACUCCGAUGGUUCGGUUGGUAGCGAUUCCGAAGGAAGACCAAGUCCAGAAGCUCAACGAAGAAAACGUCUCGUUCGUGCUAGGGGUACUGGUAGAUCACACAGUUCUUCUCUCGACAAUUUGUUGGCUUUGACGCAAAGCUCGCAAAAUUUAAGCUCCCAAAAUUCUCUGCAAGAUCUAAGUCUCAAUCAAGAUUUGCAGGAAACGCAAUCGGAGGGAUCGUCGACCGAAACCGACGGCGCUGAGGAUGGACAAACUCCGGCUUUUGGUACGGAUGGACAAUUCGAUACGGUCAAAAGGAAAAAGAAAAAGCCAAGAAAUUUGGGUACCCAGAGUCCUCGGGUACCACCAGACGACAGAAACAAAACUCCCGAACCAAAUAGAGAAAUGGUAUUGGUCGGAGAAGUAGUGGUUGAGGAUGAUACGGAAGCUGCCAAUUCGGAAGAUUCUGAAAGAGCUAAAACUCCUCAACCGGAAUGCGCGUUAUCUUCUUCCUCAUCGCCAUCCGUCGUCAUUGGUGGUAACGCGUCGACGACGACACCCUCGCCGCAAGUAAUCGUUGAUUCAUCGAGAAAUCUUCUCUCAGCAUCCUCGGCCGAUUCUAUCGCUUACAAUCAAAGAUCGAAACAACAAUCGAGAGAUUCCGGAUUCGUUGGUAGUUGCGAUGAUCUUUUGCAACAUCAAAAGAUACCCGAUGACGUUCAAGUUAAUUCCGAAGUUAAUCAAGAAACAGGAAAAGAUCAUCGUACGAGGAAAGAAAGUAACGCGAGUGUUCGAACUACCGAUGAAAUCAUUUCUAACGAUACUGCUGUUGUUGGUAAUGAAAAAAACAAUUCCGUAAAGAUUGAUCAUCCGAUCAAUCACGCGACGAACACUACUAUACCAGCACAUUUGCCAAAUGCAUCACUAUCGCGAAAAGAUAGCUUUAACAAUUGGUCCAGUGACGAGGAAACGAAUCUGAUGAUGUCUAAGAUGCGACAAUUUUUCAAAACUAUGGUUGCCAAUUCGAACGGUCAAGGUCAGAAUGUAGCCAAUGCAAAUUCGAGCGGUGCGUCACCGGCACCGAGUCCACGGUUACCUGGAUAUUCCUCGAAGGCAAGAAUGUGUUCACAAAAUCGCACUAAACCACCCCAAUUGGUAUACUUUGAGAACGAAUUAACCAGAUUAAUGAAAACCGUACCUGGUAUACGUGACGAACAAGUUCGAGAGAUCGUCGAGUAUCUCAGUUCCGAAGAUACAUGGUCUGAUUCUUACGACAGUUCGGAUUAUACCAGUUCGGAUUUGGAAGGAGCUGCUGGUGGUCGUCGUUCGGCAUUGCAAGAACAAAUUUCACAAAGUUGUCAACAGAUCAUUAGCAAAUUCGAUACUACUUCUGGUGAUAAUAUUUUAAGCGAGAAAGAAACUAAAGAAGAUAAUAAUAAUAAAAAUGGAUCUACGAUUCAAACACCUUGCCUUGGUAAAGACACUGCAUUCGUUUAUCAAAAAUUGGUACAGAGUUUUACUAAAAUGGCAGGUGACGGUGUGAGUUCCGAUACAAAUUCAACACCUCAUAGCAGUCCUCCAUUAAUUGCUAAGGUUAUGCAUCACAUAGGUAGUCGAUUGGUAGCAUUGAUGCACGAGGUGUCAGAAGGUGGUCCAGCAGUGGUUCAGCAUCAUUCCUCAACAACAUGGAGAAGAUAUUCGCAACAUCAUCGAACACCAUCAUCUGCUUCAACAACGGAAGACGAUGAUUCAACGUCAGAUUCAACGAAUGCCACUUGUUCGGCUCACCUGCAAUUACCUAGAUCCAAAUCUCACGAUCCUUUGUUACUCAUCAAUAAUCAUCCUAGUGCGUCGACCGGUCAGGAGGGAGAGGAAAGGGAAGCCAGCGAUUAUGAAAGAUUCUCAUGGCGUGGUAGUUUUGAAUCUGCAUUAAUGGCAGCUGACUCGAGAACGAAACUAAGUUUAUUGGCUUGCAGCGGAGAUGUCAGUGGGGUUGGGGUUGGGGCUAGUGCUAGUGCAAGUGCAUUGGCAAUGGCAGCCAAACGACGUAGUGCCGGUGAUUUGUUGUUUAAUCCUAGAAGCUUAUCGAGAGAACAAUUAGACAGGGUUAGAAGUUGCGGUUCUAUUGGUGGUGGUAGUAGCGGUGGAGGUGGCAUAGGUGGUGGAGGAUCUAUCGAAGAUAGAAUUUGGAGUAAUAGGAGAAGAUCUUCUGUUCCUGAUGCAAACACCAGAGGAGAAUCCGGUGCAUCGGCAGGUGACGAGGAUACCGAGGACGAAUUAGAAUACGGUGGUGAAUCGCGUGCCACAACUCUACCUCGUGGCAUGCAAUCAGCAUUAAGCGCAGCUACCAAUUCUCUACCACGUUUACCAGCUUCUACUACGACAACUGGCUUGACAACAACAUCAACGACCUCAUCCCAAAUGCACAAAGCGCAUAGCGUUUAUCAUUUUCUACCGCAACACAGUGGCGUGAAAUCGGCCAGAUAUCGACCGCCCGGUUUUGCUAGGAACAGUAACGUAACGGGAGCUAUCAUUGGUGCCGGUGGUGGUGCUGCUGCUGGUGCUGGCCCUAAACGAGCGGUCAGUGCACCGGGUUUACAAGUCUCAGGAUCGCAAAGUUCAGCUGCCAAACGGGACAAUUCUAGAUCUAGAAGACAACAGGCAAUAUCACUAACGCCUGAUGAUGGAAGUAGUUUGUCAGAGGCGUGCAGUACGCCAAUCAUCGGUGCCGGUUCGCGUGCUGCUUCUAGUCACACGGUCAUGGAUAUGGACGAUAUGGAUCCUGGAUUGCAUUCUGGACAUCUCGCUACUCGUGCUUCUUUGUCCAGCCUUGGAGCACGAUCAGAUUCAAUGGCAUCGGUUUACAGUGGUGCAGGUGAAGGUAGAUGCUGUAGAUCGGUAGUUGUUACCGGUGAAGUUGAAUUUGCAUUGCAAUACGAUUACAAACAUCUCACGUUUGAGGUGCACGUUACCAAAUGCAAGAAUCUCGCUCCAGUCGACGUCAAACGAAAACGAUCAGAUCCAUACGUAAAGGUCUAUCUCCUGCCGGAUAAAUCUAAAAGCGGUAAACGUAAAACUAAAGUGAAGAAGCACACAUUGAAUCCUGAAUUUAACGAAACAUUAAAGUUUCACAUGAGCUUGAGCGGUUUGGAGACAAGGACGUUAUGGCUGACAGUAUGGCACUCUGACAUGUUUGGAAGAAAUGAUUUUCUUGGAGAAGUUAGAAUGCCAUUGGAGAAUAAAAUUUUCGACGAUCCUACACCAAGAUGGUAUCCACUUCAGGAAAGAACAGAACCAUUCGACGACCCGAUAGCUUACAAAGGUGAAGUAAUCGUUGGUUUGAAGUUCGUACCACCUGAUCCAGCUCAACAACAGGAACGUGAGUUGGGCUCCGAUCACAAGGGUGCAUCCAAGUCGAGAAAAAAUUGGAGUCGUGGUGCAUUGCACGUUCUCGUCAAGGAAGCUAGAAAUUUGCAAACCAGGGCAAAGAAUUCGGGAACUUGUGAUCCCUUUUGCAAAAGUUACCUGUUACCUGACAAAGGUCGGUCAGGUAAACAAAAGACUGGUGUAGUUCGUCGAUCAGGUGGUUCACCAGUAUGGGGUCAUACUUUCAUCUACAAGGAUGUCAGUUUGCAAGAGUUAGCUGAACGAGGACUCGAAUUAACGGUAUGGGAUCACGAUCGUAUCGCAAGUAACGAGUUCUUAGGUGGUGUACGUUUCAAUCUUGGUACAGGAAAACAUUAUGGUAAACAAGUUGAUUGGAUGGACGCAACGGGACGUGAAUUAUCAUUAUGGCAAAGUAUGCUCGAAAGGCCUAAUUUCUGGGUCGAAGGUGCAGUAACCUUAAGGCCAAAUCUACACAACCAUGGAAAAUCUACUAAUGGUUCUUAAGGGAUCAUCCUUGUUUUAUCUUCAUGAAUUAUGAUCGAAGUUAUUAUUUUUAGGUUCGAUACUUAUUCUUUGUUCUUUCAAGCCAAUUCUAUAAAAUCGAUUAUGAUGAUGAACUUCCCAUAUAAAUAAUAACAUAUAGAAUUUUAGUUAAUCGAUAUGAUGUAAAUAAAUGAAUUAGGCGAGAAUUAGGUCUCGUUCUUCGACGAUAGAUGAUUAUUAAAUCAGUGCCUUUUUUCGGGAGAAUAAAUGAAUUAAAACAAAAAAAAAAACAAAAAAAAGUAAAGGAAUUG